CAUCAGCGCGGACCGCAGACAGGCAGUUCCGGUGCUGCUGUGAUGACAAGCAGACCGACAGGAGGGACCGGGACCGCUGCUGCUGCUGCUGCUGCUGUGAGGGGAGGAUGAGACUGUCCUGUAGCGGAUCAUCAGCACCAUACUGUCGGAGACUCGUCGGAUCUGAGGACACCGACACAAGCUCCAUGACUCUCCUCUGUGAAGACUAGAACUCAUCCUGCUGUACUUUAUAAUCCUGACAUGAUGGGGGGGUCGCUCUGGAUUUCCCACCGUGUCUCUGAAGCAGCGUUCAGAGGAAGGAGCUUCAUCACACUGCUACCUCUGGCUUUACUGUUGUCAACAGUGAGAGCCAGUGCACAGUUGAUUGGAAGCCCUCUGGACUGCCACAAGACUUGUGUAUGCGCCAGUAACAUCAUCAGUUGCUCCAAGGUGAAUUUGACCAACGUCCCCACCGCUCUUCCAAAAUAUGCAGCUGUCCUGGACCUCAGCUUCAACUCCAUCACCAGGCUGCGUGCCGAGUGGACCAAUAUCACACUCAGAAGACUGCACACUCUGCUGCUCAGCCACAAUGGCCUCAACUUCCUCUCCUCUGAGGCAUUCGUGCACGUGACGAGGCUUCGUCACCUGGACCUUUCCUCGAAUAGCCUCCGCAUGCUGGACGAGAACAUUUUUGAGCCGCUGGAGCACCUGGAGGUGCUGCUGCUUUACAACAACUCAAUCUCUCAGAUAGAUCGCACUGCCUUCUCUGCCAUCCAAAACCUGCAGAGGCUCUACCUGAGCCACAACCAGAUCUCACGCUUCCCUUUGGAGGUGGUGAAGGAGCGGGGUCGUCUGGAGACGCUCAAGCUGCUGGAUGUGUCCUCCAACCGGAUGAAAGCCCUGCCCAUCCAUGAGCUUCAGGCUCUGCCUGCCUGGAUCAAGAAUGGUCUGUACUUCCACAACAACUCUCUGCCCUGCAGCUGUGAGCUGUAUGAUGUGGUGGCACGCUGGAACCUCAAAGAGCUCAGCUCCGCCACUGAUUUCAAGCUCAGCCACACCUGUUUGCUACCAGGCCCGCAGAAAGACAGGAUGGCCAUACUGGAUCUGGACAGGGUGUAUUUAAAUUGCAGUGAGGUCAGCAAUUUGGAUGAAGAAGCCUAUCUGGAGCAGACCCUGGUCCUGGACUGUGACACGAGGCAGAGGGAUGUGAUAAAGAGCUGGACGCUGCCUGGAGACAUCCCCUUGUCUGCCACACACAAGACUGCUGCGAUGCGUCCUGACGGAGGCCUCCGGAUUGGGCCCCUGAAGGCAGAGGACUCCGGGGUGUACACCUGCUAUGCCACCGGUGACUCUUUCAAUGAGACGCUGUAUGUAAAUGUAAUAGUGUUUAAUUCCACCAAGAAUGGUGGACUGGAGAACCUAAAAACGGCCUACACCACCCUCGUAGCGUGUCUGAUCAGCGUGGUGAUGGUGCUCAUCUACCUCUAUCUCACACCCUGCCACUGCGCCUGUUGUCCGGGUCAGGGCCUGGAGAAGGACCCUGGAGACAGCCUCCACUCUUCAACUGUGAGCAUCUCACACGAUGAGACAGGGCAAGAAAGAGUGGAGGGCGGAAGUUUCCCCUACAGGCACGUGGCCCUCCUGGAUCCCAAGGACCAGCUGGAGCAGAACGGGCGGCUGAACCCAAUAGGUGAGGAAGACGAGGAGUGGCAGGGGGACGACAGGGAGAGGAGGAGGUCUGACGCAGAGUCUGUCAGCUCAGUGUGCUCCGAUACCCCGAUGGUGGUUUAGAAGUCGGGGUCACAGCCUGCACGAAUCGAGGCAUGUGGUUGCUCCGUAGAGGUUUUUGUGCAAGAUUCCAAAUUUAGCAUCUUCCAAACAAAGUUAAAGCUUUAGUUGGCUCUCACAGCUGGUGGCACAGUUGAAGUAGCAUGCACACACCCCAAAACCUUCAAAUCAUGCCGAGUCAUGUGGUUAAAAUCCUUUCGAUGAAUGCAUUUAUCUGAGUUAUCUGGUCACUUAAAUUGUCUGCAGUUAGGGCUCUGUUUAUUUUCCAUUACAGCCAUUUACUGGCUGGCCCUGCAAAGAUUUGCUAUGCAAGUAAGAACACACGAGUUGUAUUUUCGGUGGAUAAUUUAAAAAAAAAAAAAAUGCCAACCCUCAGCACUACUGAGAGACAACAACUAACAUGAAAGCAAUUUUUUAAUCUUUUUUCCCUCAGCUCAGCUGUCCACUGAAUGUCCUGAGGCUGCAAUUAAAAUGAAAGUUUUCCAGCUUCUGUUGUUUAUGCGCUAAGGAUCGCAGCACCACACAGACUAGAUGAUUUAAAGAUGUUGGACAGAGGCUGCUGCUUUAGCAAGAGGGGCUGAUUUUUAUGCAGAGCUUGCAGAGCUCACUUAAUUAUUACUGCAAGAUGUUUUGAAUAUUUACACCAUGUUGUACAUUCCUGUUCGGUUUUAUUGGCCUUUACAGGACACAUCACUGUAAGGAUUACUCUUAUGCAAUUUUAUCUGUUUAUAUUACUUUAGAUUUGAGUGUGAUUAGAAAACUCAAUAAUUUGUGUUUUUGAGUAGCACUUUGACAGUAUAUGUAAACCUUGUCUACUCUAAGUCAUUUUGGAUUCAGCAUGAUUACAGAGUCAUCAGUCCAACUAUCAACUUGUGACCCAUCAUAUGUUUACUGUAGCAGACUACAUCCAGUGUUGUAGCAGUUACUCAUAGAACAGUGACCACAUAAACACUGCAAGUAUUAAUGAAACUGAUGUCCAGGUGUUUACUUUAUCACUGUACAUAUAAAUACCGAUUACUAGAACAUGAAAGAUCCAUUUAAGAUGAGCCAGUAACUUCACUGCAUGACAGUGCAAAAAAUACUGAACAAAGAAACACAUUGUUCAUAAUGAUGAGAUCCAGUGGUGUGGACUAAUGAUGUUAAUGCUCUGAUUGUGGCGUAUCUGCUCAUU